GUGUGUGUGUGUAGGGGGUAAAGUUUUGUGCAGAAGACGGGGGCGCGGUUGUGUAGUCUUGUAGUCUGGACAGACCUGGUGGUUUCAGGGUGUCAGGAGGCAACUUUUGGGGGAGCGCAGCAGAACGCAGUGAUCCAGUGACAGCCGGCGGGACAAAGCUACCUCACCUGCACGGAGGAAACACUCUCUCUCUCUCUCUCUCUCUCUCUCUCUCUCUCUCUCUCUCUCUCUCUCUCUCUCUCUCUCAAGUUCCCUCUCACUCUAGGGGGGAUAGUGUGCAGUUGCGUGCACUUCUCUGGGGAUGGAGCGUGUGUGGGACUCUGUGUCUUCCGCUGGGAUGUUUAUUCUCGGGGUGUUAUCGGUGUUGUGUCCGGCGCUAAAUGGAGUUUGGAGUUUCAACAUUUACGCAGAGCAUCCUACGGUUUACAGGGGACCCGAGGGAAGUUAUUUCGGUUAUUCUGUAGACUUCUAUCAAGCUACCAACGACAGAAACACGAUAAGUGUGUUGGUGGGGGCUCCCAAGGCGAACACCUCCCAGCCUGGCAUAGUGGAGGCUGGGGCAGUCUACUACUGCCCCUGGCCCGGGCAGCCCCACAGCUGCAGACAGAUACCUUUUGACAAUUCCAAUAACAGGAUGAUAAAAGUCAAUGGCACCAGAGAGCCUCUUGAGUUUAAGUCACAUCAAUGGUUUGGAGCAUCGGUCAGGACACACAAAGGAAAAGUGGUGGCAUGUGCUCCUCUUUACCACUGGCGGACAGUGAAGCUGAGUGGGGAGAAGGACCCCGUGGGGACCUGCUAUGUGGCCGUCCAGAACUUCAGCGCCUACGCUGAGUACUCACCCUGCAGGACCAAUGAUCCAGAUCCAGAGGGACAGGGGUUCUGUCAGGCUGGCUUUAGUGUGGAUUUCACCAAGGAAGGAAUGCUGGUGGUAGGAGGACCUGGAAGCUUUUACUGGCAAGGUCAGGUAAUGACAGCGGGGAUAGCUGAGAUACUGAACGGCUACUCUUUGAAGGCAGUGCUGAGACGGGUUCCAGGAGAGAAACACACCAGAGCUGCUGAGGACACACAUGACGACAGCUAUCUCGGUUACUCUGUGGCAGUGGGAGAGUUUACAGGAGACUCUGAACAAGAGCUGAUAGCCGGAGUCCCAAGAGGAGCACAAAACUUUGGAUAUGUGGCACUGAUCAACUCCACCAAUCUGACCUUCAUCCAGAACUUUACAGGAGAACAGAUGGCCUCCUAUUUUGGCUACUCAGUGGCUGUCACUGACCUGAAUGGAGAUGGGACUGACGAUGUGCUAGUUGGAGCGCCCCUCUACAUGGAGAGAGAACUGGAGAGCAAGCCCAGAGAGGUGGGGAGGGUGUACCUAUACCUACAGAUGGCCGCUCUCACUUUCUCCACACCUGUUGCCCUCACCGGCACACACACCUUCGGGCGCUUCGGCACGGCUAUAGCACCCAUGGGAGAUAUCAACCAGGAUGGAUACAAUGACGUGGCAGUGGGCUGUCCGUUCGGAGGUGAAGAGCGUGGAGGCAGAGUAUUGAUCUUUAACGGCAACAGAGACGUAGCCACACAAGGCCUGACUCUGAGCCAAGAGCUCAGAGCAGCCUGGACCCCCAGUGGCAGCUUACCUGGAUUUGGAUUCACUCUGCGAGGAGGCCAAGACCUGGACAACAAUCAGUAUCCUGAUCUGAUUGUGGGUGCGUUUGGUUCAGGCGAGGUGUCGGUGUACAGGUCUCGAGCUGUAGUGUCUGUCGAAGCUGCAAUGAUCUUGACUCCCAGAAUCCUGAACCCUGAUGACCGACAGUGUCACCUGCCUCAAACAGAUAUUAUGGUUACAUGUCUGAAGGUGGAUGUGUGUGCAGCAGUGAGCGGAGUGGGGAUCCCCAACUCUGUAGAUCUGAGAGCAGAGCUGCAGCUGGAUUGGUUGAAAGGCACCAGAGGUGGAGUUAAGAGAGUUUUGUUCCUGGACACCCAGCAGCCUCAGCGCACAGGGCUCCUAACACUGGGUGUCAACCACCCACGUGCAUGCCUGAAAUACACCAUUUACCUGAAAGAGGACGAUGAGUUCAGGGACAAAUUGACUCCUAUCUCACUGGCUCUGAACUACAGUUUGGCUCCACCCUCUCAUGACCAAAACCUCCCACCUGUCCUUAACCAUUACAGCAGCACCUUCCUUCAAGAGCAAGCCUACAUUCUCCUGGACUGCGGUGACGACAACAUUUGUAUCCCUGACCUCCAGCUCUCUGCCAGCAUGGAUCGUUCAGAGCUGGUGAUUGGAGAUGACAAUUUGGUCUUGUUGACCAUCACUGCGGUGAACCGAGGAGAGGGAGCUUAUGAGACCGAGCUCCACACACUGGUACCACCUGAGGCGGACUACAUCGGAGUGAAGCGCAACGCCGAGUCCCCGUCUCAACCAAGCUGCGAGUACAAGAUGGUCAAUGAGUCCAGGAUGGUGGUGUGUGACCUUGGAAACCCAAUGGUGGCUGGGACAGAGCUGUCUGUUGGUUUGAGGUUUUCUGUCCAAAGGCUGGAAGAUGCUGGACCGAAGAUCAGCUUUGAGCUACAGAUCCACAGCUCCAACAAAGAUAAUCCCGACAGUAACCUGGUCAGUUUGAAUCUGUCCAUUGCUGCCAUGGCUCAACUUGAUUUACGCGGGGUGUCUCACCCUUCUCAGGUGGUGCUGCCAUUCCCACGCUGGGAACCCAAAGAGAAGCCUGUCAAAGAGGACGACGUGGGGCCACAAGUAACACACAUCUAUGAGCUCCAUAACUCUGGUCCCAGCAGUAUUCAGCAGGCUGAGCUCCAGAUUGGCUGGCCCUCUCGUUUCCGUGAUGAGAACCUGCUGUAUGCCAUGGAGAUUCAAACUGACGGGCCAAUUAGCUGCAGGACAAACACCAGCCUCAACCCGCUUGGCCUUCAGAUUUCCUCUCUCCAGGACACACCUGAGUUACUGGGUUUCUUGAAGAACACCAGCAUGCCUCAUCAGCGCCACAAAAGAACCGUCACUGCUCCGCAGAGUUAUAGCGGUAAAACUUUGAACUGCACCAAUAUCUCCUGUCUGAGGAUCAUGUGUGUGGUUGGCCGCUUGGAUCGAAGGCAGAGCGCGGUGGUCAAGAUCCGCUCGAGACUCUGGGCUCAUACAUUCCUGCAGCGGCGUAACGACCCCUACAUUCUCAACUCUACUGUGUCCUUCAUGGUCAUAGCCAUGCCGUACCGCGUCCAACCCUCCAUCCUGCCUCAACACACCACCUCGAUGGGGACCCCAGUGUUAUGGGGGACUCCAGAUGUGUCCUUCGCUGUUCCACUCUGGGUCAUCAUCCUGGCCAUUCUGCUUGGGCUGCUGGUGCUAGCCAUGCUCACAUUAGCCAUGUGGAAGUGCGGUUUCUUUGACCGAGCGCGGCCACCAGCUGACGACGACAUCUCAGACCAGGAGCAGCUGACGUCUGAUCAAACAGGGGACGCCUGAGCCCCUGGCUGGAGGAAUGUGGUUUGUGAGGGGAAUUGCACCUUCUGAAUAAUUUAAACCAGAUCUGAGAUCCGUAUUAGUCGGGCCCCACAUAUCUUGGCUGGAGGUCUUCUACCUCUUUGGUAAUGAAACGGACAGAAAAGACAGGCUGAAGACUGCAGCGUCACAUGGACCGGGUCCAGAGAACGGACAGAAUGGAACCAAAACACACUUAACAAGCUCAUUCACACACAUAUGUCCAUUGUUUAUCCACUGUGAUGAAGCACCAGAAGUGAAGACAGAAUGGACUUGUUGUGGAGACAAUGAUUUAAAUGUUUCUGCGACUGAACAUUUUUGUGUGUCUGUAAGGGAGGCACUAAGAGACUUGAGAUGUACGCACAAGUGCUUUUGUGUGUGUGAGUAAGUGAGUGCGUGCAUGACCGUGUGUGUGUGUGUGUGUGUGUGGUGUGUGAGUGUGCAUACUGUACAUGUAUGUGUUUAUGAGAUGCCUCUUGUGCCAUCCUUUCUUUCAGUUAUGAAAUUCUUUCCCCAGCUGAUUUUAUUUAUCCUCAUUUUGUCCAGACUGGUCUGUAUACAGAUUUAUCACAUACACACACACACACACACACACACACACACACACACACACACACACACACAAACACACACAUGCAGAUGCAGCCACACGCAUAAAUACACACAAGGCACAAAUUUGAUGUGUAUAUUUAUGAAUGUAUGUGCAAUAUUUGAGCGUUGCGUGAUACUGAAGCUUGUUUACACUGGCAUUAUUUUAUUAGAGCUUUUCAUUGUUUAUGUGCAUAAAUGAUUAAUUGGUGUAUUAGAUAUUAGUAUUGCUGAACAACAAAAAGUGAUUGUUUGAAGUGAUUUACGGUCAGGCCCCACCACGUAAGUUUUGAAAAUGGAGCAAAGUGAUGAGACAAAUGACAAAAGUAACUUAUUAUUGCGUUGAUAAAAUGACUUUAGGAUUUUAUCUUUGAAGAAUUAUGCCAUAUCUCCACAGGUGAAGCCAUGCUCUGCUAGUUCAACGUUUGCUCCUGUCUGUUAUUUGGGAUUUCUUUUUCUAACACGGCAGUUGAUAAGACUUCAAAAAGCAGCUGCAGAGAUAAACAGUCCAUAUCAAAAACACACUGUAGACAGUCUGAGGCUGUGUGCCUUACUGCACAUACUCUGUGGCAUUUAACUUUGUCUUUAAUGGUGUCAUUUGUUUAUCUGUUACGAGUGUAUCGUGCUCAGGCAGAUGAAACAAGGCGGUCAGGACAUCGGGAACAUCCUGAGUUUAAAAUGUUGUCAUGUUUGAGUCAAAUUUGGGUUUUUGUAUCAAGUGUGAAGUUUUAUCACAAUAAAGUGUUGUUCCUUUUCUGUA